CUGGCGGCGGAUGAGGAAAAGAGCUCGUCGGAGGAGGGAGAGGCUAACGGACAAACGCGGCAGCCGCGCGGGGUCAUGGUGCGCGUGGAAGUGGAGCGAGACGUCCCCAUGUCGCUGACGUUACCCAUCGAGGUGCAGGCCGACCCGGCCCACCAGCCCUUCCCCUUUCUGGACACCACGCUGGCCGACCUGGGCAUCCAAGAGUCAGAGGUGAAGGAGAGGGUGGUGUGGGUGGACACCAAGAAGACUCAGGUGAAAAACAAAGCGGGGAAGCUGAAGGAGAAAGAGAUUACCAUCCUUGAGGUACGAGUCAAAGCCCAGAAACCGGGAGAGAAACAGCUCCAGGAGGUGUUGUACAGCACCGAGGCGCACACGGACCGCUCCUUCUGCCGCACCGGGGUGGAUAUUCUGCCCUGGAAGCAGAGAGGGGGAAAUGAACUGAAGCCUGUGGAGAUGACUUUGGCGUUAGACAUGGAAAACCAGGCGCCCGACUCCACAGAGGACCAGGGCCAACGGGAGGUCUGA